GUCUAUAUCUCGGUGGGAUCGUCCUUUGCGCUGAGUUGGCGCCGGGCUAGAGCUGUAAGACACUAGCAAGCAUGCUUGUCUGCGUCGUUGUUGAAUGCUCUGCAAAAAUCGUCAACGUGCGAGGUUUUGCAUUAAAACGCACUCAUCCAUUGGUGCAGCAACGCCCAGGAGAAGAAAACGCCAGAGAAUCGCUGCGCGCAGUCAACGCACGAGCUGCUGCAGGCUGCACGCGGGUACGCCGUCGACGCAUUCGUCAUGCUCCUGCUGCUCCGCGUCGCGCGCGCGGCGCCGCUGCGCCAUGCGCGCACGACCGCCGCGUCCGGACCCUCGAAUUGGACGCCGCUCGCCGCGGCGGCGGCGCUGCUCCUCGCGACACAAACAAAAGCAGAAGAGGACGAGCUAGAAAACGUCGUCAACUGGUCCGGCACGCACGCCUGUUCGGUGCAUGUGAAGACGCCCGAGACGCGCCACGAAGCGAUACAGAUCGUGGCCGAGCAUGCAUCAAGGAACGAGCGGAUCCGGCCGGUGGGAGGGGCCCUGUCGCCGAACGGCCUCGCGUUCGCGGAGGACGGGUCUUCCCUCAUCAACCUGGCUCUGUUAGAUAAGGUGUUAAAUGUGGAUGUCGAAAACAGAACAGUCACCGUCGAGGCCGGGUGUCGCGUCGAGCAGGUGCUCGAAGCUCUCGAGCCCCACAAUUUGACGCUCGAGAAUUUGGCCUCGAUCGCGGCGCAACAAGUCGGCGGCUUCGUGGGCGCCGGCGCGCACGGGACGGGGGCGUGUCUGCCGCCCGUCGACGAGCAUGUUCUGGAGAUGACCGUCGCCACUCCUGGUCAGGGCGUCGUCACAAAAAAACGUGGAGAUGCGGACUUUCAUGCGUUUCCCUGUUCUCUUGGAUUACUAGGUGUCACUUUGACUUUGACAUUACGAUGUGUUCCCAAGCAUCUGCUGCGGGAAAGGACGCAAGUUCUGACGAGGCAGGAGGUUAUACAGAGACACGCGGAACUCAUACAAGAUAAUAGGCAUGUGCGGUUCAUGUGGAUCCCGUUCGCCGAUGCUGUGGUGGUCGUGUCCAAUAACCCGACGGUCGACGGCGUCUUGGGCGCGGGCCAGGGCUACGAACCUAGGCAUGACAUGGAGUAUCGCCUCGAGCCCUUCCGGUCGUUGUUGAAAGACGUGAGUGGCGACGAUGGAGAGGGUCUAGGAUUUGCGGAAUUGCGCGACGCGCUCCUAGCCGUCAAGCCGCUCGACCUAGAACAUGUGAAGAAGAUCAAUAGAGCGGAGGCGGAGUUCUGGAGGCGGUCGCAAGGGACGCACGUCGGCGACUCGUCCACGAAACUGAAUUUUGAAUGUGGCGGCCAGCAGUGGGUCAACGAGUGCUGCUUCCCCGCCGGCACGCGGUCAGCACCGGACGGGAAGGACAUGCGCUACAUGCUGAGACUGCUCGACAUUAUUGAAAGUGAAGGUAUUCCCGCCCCAGCACCGAUAGAGCAGCGCUGGACGGCCGGUUCUUCCUCUCUCUUGUCCCCGGCGCGGUCGACGACGGAGGACGCGCUCUUUAGCUGGGUCGGGAUUAUCAUGUACCGUAAACGGCGUCUCUCUCACGCCAUCGACGCGCCUCGGCUCCAUCAGAGGUUGUCUCUCGCAGGUACCUACCCUCCGACGACGAGCGCGUGCGGAAGAGCAUCGGCGACGCGUUCCGGCAGUACAAGGGGAGGUGCGAAAGCGACCUCUGGCCUGUUUAUGGUGCCCUCGAGCACUGGGCGAAGGUCGAGGGCGACGCGCGCGUCCAGGAGCGGUUGAAGAAGCGCCUGGGUGAUGACGCGCUGACGCACUUCGCGGACGCUCGCGCGACCUAUGAUCCCCAAAGGUUACUGUCGAACCCUCUACUCGAUGGUAUCUUCAAGUAAGAAUGUU